AACUAAACCAAAUGGCAACCAAACACAAAUUAUCAAUUCUUUUCUUAUAAUAUCUUCUAAUAGUAUUACUAGUUAGUGUCUUUGACAUUCUUCUUUGCCAAAGCCAAGAAUGGACACAAAAACCACAGCAGCCCUUCCACCACAAAAUUUGGCCUCAGCCUAUGCAGUUCCUCAAAACCAGCUGGCCUCAACACCAGCAGCAGCCUCUCCCUAUGCAGUGCCACAAAACCAGCUAACAACACCUGCUGCAUAUGCACCCACUGCGGCCCUUGCACCAACUGCAUCACCUCAUCAUCAGAACCUAUCAUCAUCUGGGGUUACACCGCACCAUAACCUAGCCUCCUCAGGCAUUGUGCCUCAUCAUCAGAACCUUUCUUCAUCUGGGGUUGCACCGCACCAUAACCUAGCCACCUCAGGCAUUGUGCCUCAUCACCAGAACAUGGCUGGGUCCGGGAUCGGUGCGCCUCUCCAGAAGAUUGGUCAUGCUGCUGCUGCUGCUGGAAUUCUUCCGAAUAAUGCUGCACGCUUUUUGGGUUCGGACAACCGAGCUGCUCGCUCAUCGGGGUUUGGACUGGAUGGCCGCUCUGCUCGUAGCGCACUUGGAUUGGAUGGGCGUGCUUCUCGCACUCUUGGACUUGACAGCCGUGCAGCCCGUGGUGGAAUGUCUGAUGAGACUGAACUGAGCAAGAGAAUUAUGGAGCUUCAUGAGUCUGAUGAACAUGGUCUUGCUGUUAAGCCUGUUCUGAACGUCAUCGAUGUCAUUUUUCACCGUGCCACUGCUGACCUACCAGGAUUCACUGAGCAUUCGGACAUUGUUAAGGAUGACAAGGCAAAUGUCAUAUAUUCUGUUGCUAAUCUUCAAGACAAUGUCGAAAUCCCAGCUAGGAUUGUCAGUGCAAUUUCCUGCGAGAUCCUCAGCAAAUGCUCCGCUGGAGUGGAUGUGCACACCAUAACCAUGGAAAUACUAAACAUAAUCAAACACUACGGAUGGGACUCGAAGGUGCUGCUAGCCUUGGUGGCAUUUGCUGUGACCUUUGGCGAGUUUCGCCUUGUCCUCCAGCAAUACUCAACCAACCCACUUGCCAAAGCGGUUGCUAUUCUCAAACAAUUGCCUGAACUUUUAGAGCAUUCUGGAGCUUUGAAGCCAAAGCUCGACGCUCUCUAUGAUCUCAUCAAGGAAAUCAUUGAUGUAACCAAGAAAAUUGUUGACUUCUAUGACCUUCCAAGGAACGAGUAUUUUACUGCUGAGUCUCCUGAACUUUUGGCUGCUGCUUCUCAUAUUCCAACUGCUGUUUACUGGACCAUUCGCAGCAUUGUCGUUUCUUCAACACAAAUUUUGGCACUCACCGGCAUGGGCAUCGAGUAUCUAACUGAGCCUUGGGAGCUAUCUUCAUUGGCCCAUAAGCUCAACAACAUCAAAGGGCAUGUGGUUGACAUUAUCGAACGCUGUUACAAGUUUGUUGAGAAGCAGAAACAAGAUGAAGCAUACGAGUAUCUUGUGCGUAUUUUCCAACUUACUCACAUCGAUAACUCAAAGCCUUUGAGGGUUUUGUUCAAUGAAGAUCCGAACGCACUCUACGAUUGCUACAACAAGAAAAGGAUUGUCAUUGAGGAUUUGAAGAGAAAAGUGGUGGCCUUAUUCAUCACAGAAGUUGAUCCUGAACUCAUUCGUUCUUCUGAAUAUGCAAUCUUACAACAAAUGUACGCUGAAAAGAGGCACAGCAUGACAAGAUCCGAGAGUCAAUACGAAGUGGUUUGGGUUCCAAUCUCAAAUGUAUGGAAUGAUGAGAAGUAUAGAGUGUUUGAUAGGCUAAAAGAGCAAAUGGAAUGGCACUCGGUUCACCACCCUUCAGCAGUGACCCCAGUGGCCCCAAGAUUCUUCAGAGAGAAGUGGGGCUUUGUUAAGAAGCCUAUGCUUGUAGUGAUCGACACUCAAGGCCGAGUUGUGCACCACAAUGCCAUUCACAUGAUGUGUAUUUGGGGAAGCCUAGCUUACCCUUUCACUGCCAACAGAGAAAAAUUGUUGUGGGAGGAUAAUGCAUGGACCAUGGAUCUACUCAUUGACGGCCUUGACCCUAGUGCUGCUGAGUGGAUCCAACAACAAAAGCAUGUUUGCGUGUAUGGAGGAGAAGACAUUGACUGGAUCAGAAAAUUCACAAGAAUUGCCAAGGAAGUGGCUCGAACAUCUGGAAUUCAUCUAGAGUUACUUUAUGUGGGGAAGAGCAAACCUCACGAGAAAGCAACAAGGAACAUCAUUGACAUUAUUCAGAAUGAGAACUUGAGCAGAACCUUGGACUGGAAUCUCAUAUGGUACUUCUGGAUGAGAUUGGAGAGCAUGUGGCACUCUAAGGGGCAACUUACCACAAGUGCAUCUGUCAAGACUGACCAUGUCAUGCAAGGAAUUAUUGCCAUACUGAGUUACGGGUCGAGCAGCCAAGGUUGGGCCGCCAUCAGCAGAGGUUUUGAGGGAAUGGCUAAGGGCAAUGGGGAGCACAUGUACAGAGGCUUGGCUGAGCACGACCAAUGGAGAACGAGAGAAUUAGAGGUGGGUUUCGUGCCUGCUCUUAUUGAGUACCUUGAGAAGCUCCAUAUCGAUGCACCGCACCAUUGCACCAGCCUCAUUUUGCCAGCCACUGGUGCAAUGCCUGACACUGUGGCCUGCUCUGAGUGUGGUCGUUUGAUGGAGAGGUACACCAUGUUCCGCUGCUGCCUUGACUAUUGAUGACCAUGCAUCAUGAGUUCCAAUUGAUAUGGAUAAUACUAUAGCAUGGCGCCUCCUUUUUGGGACGUCAUCAUAAAUAAAUUUUAUGAGAAUGUGUUGUUGCUGUUGUCGUUGUUGUUUGUUUGUUUCAACGUAUUUAUUUUUAUUUCAUUUCAAUAUUUUGGGACAGAAAAUUUUAUCUUGUAUUAUUUGUAUUGCUGGUUGCUUCUCAAGGGAAGCCAAGUUUGCAGCUAUAUUUAAUUAUUGAAUAAAGAAAUAAUAUUCGCGGCUUUUCAUGCA